ACCGUCCCGUCAUCCUCCGCGCUAAGAUGUCGGCGGCGAUCGCCGCGCUCGCCUCCUACGGCGGCUCCGACUCGGAGCCUGACUCGGAGCCCGAGGCCGAGGGCGGCUCCCAGCGCUCCGCCGCCGUGCUCGCCAGCCGCGACGCCGUGCUGCACCUCUGCCCGCCGCCCGCCGCGCCCCCGGCCCUGCCCGUCGAUGCGGCCCCGGAAGUAGCCGUGAAGGAAGAUGUGGAAACAGGAGUCCACCUUGAUCCUGCUAUCAAGGAAGUUCAAUACAAUCCCACUUAUGAAACUAUGUUUGCACCUGAGUUUGGACCAGAAAACCCAUUUAGGACUCAACAAAUGGCCGCACCUAGAAAUAUGCUUUCUGGAUAUGCAGAACCAGCUCACAUCAAUGAUUUCAUGUUUGAACAACAAAGAAGAACAUUUGCAACCUAUGGUUAUGCAUUAGAUCCCUCCAUAGAUAACCCUGAAGUUGCUACCAAGUAUAUUGGUUCUGUAGAAGAAGCUGAAAAAAAUCAAGGUUUAACAGUGUUCGAAACAGGACAGAGGAAAAUUGAGAAAAGAAAGAAAUUCAAGGAGAAUGAUGCAUCUAAUAUUGAUGGUUUUCUGGGACCAUGGGCAAAGUAUGUUGAUGAAAAAGAAGUAGCCAAACCAUCAGAAGAAGAGCAGAAGGAGUUGGAUGAAAUAACAGCUAAGAGGCAGAAGAGAGGAAAACUAGAAGAUGAUAAACCUGGAGAGGAGAAGACUAUAUUACAUGUUAAGGAAAUGUAUGACUAUCAGGGGAGAUCUUAUCUUCAUGUCCCGCAAGAUGUUGGAGUUAAUCUUCGUUCUACAGUGCCACCUGAGAAGUGCUAUCUUCCAAAGAAACAAAUCCAUGUGUGGUCAGGACAUACAAAGGGUGUCAGUGCAGUUAGAUUGUUUCCUCUGUCUGGGCAUAUACUGUUGUCUUGCUCUAUGGAUUGCAAAAUUAAGCUGUGGGAAGUAUAUGGUGAUCGAAGAUGUCUACGAACGUUUAUUGGACACAGUAAAGCUGUUCGAGACAUCUGUUUUAAUAAUGCAGGCACUCAGUUUCUUAGUGCUGCAUAUGACCGCUAUCUUAAACUCUGGGACACUGAAACAGGGCAAUGUAUUUCAAGAUUCACAAACAGGAAGGUUCCUUACUGUGUCAAGUUCAAUCCUGAUGAAGAUAAACAAAAUCUCUUUGUUGCAGGAAUGUCAGAUAAGAAAAUUGUGCAGUGGGAUAUUCGAAGUGGUGAGAUUGUGCAAGAAUACGAUAGGCAUUUGGGAGCUGUCAACACCAUUGUGUUUGUGGAUGAAAAUAGAAGGUUUGUGAGUACAUCUGAUGACAAGAGUUUAAGAGUCUGGGAAUGGGACAUUCCUGUAGACUUCAAGUACAUUGCUGAACCAAGCAUGCAUUCCAUGCCAGCUGUGACUUUGUCUCCAAAUGGGAAGUGGUUGGCUUGCCAGUCAAUGGAUAAUCAAAUUCUGAUUUUUGGAGCUCAGAACAGAUUCAGAUUAAACAAAAAGAAAAUUUUCAAAGGUCACAUGGUAGCUGGCUACGCUUGUCAAGUGGAUUUUUCACCUGAUAUGAGCUAUGUGAUAUCUGGAGAUGCAGAUGGAAAACUAAACAUCUGGGACUGGAAGACGACAAAACUCUACAGCAGAUUAAAAGCACAUGAUAAAGUCUGUAUUGGUGCAGUGUGGCAUCCACACGAAACAUCUAAAGUCAUCACAUGCGGCUGGGAUGGUCUUAUUAAACUGUGGGACUAAAGAUGAGGCUACAAAGACCUAAAGAUGCAAGUCCUGCACCCAUCUGAGAUUAGAAUGAAUUCUGCUGUAAGGAUGGGUAGAUGUGUGUAAUACUGCAGUUCUCAGCUUGCUGUAUAUAUGCACUAAAAUCCAAGAAAUCUUCAGAAGACUCAACUGAAAGGAUAUAGUUCUAAAUAUGGCAUCUGGGUAUGAGGAGCUGAGGUCAUCUGAGGCAUGCAGAAUCACAUGUUACUUUGUCCUGUCACUGCUUGUGAAAAACACUUUGUAAAAUAAAAUAAUUUUAAGAAAAACUAUUUUUGUGGGUCUGGCUGUCAAGAGAUGUGGAGAGUCAAAGGAGAAAACCAGCAGUUGUUAACUUUCUUCCAAAAAAAGAAACCUUUGGUACCUACUUCAAGAGCUGGAAAAGAUGUGUUUCUUUACCUGGUUUUAGGUGGCAUUUUGUUGUCACCAAAAUACUUCUGCCUUUAUAAAGCACAAACCCACUUACUGAGAUUUGUUAAUUCAGAGUAGAAAUUAAGAACUAAUUGGAAGCUAUCACUUGUCAGAUAAAUUCUGUCAACUGAAGACUGCAUUCAUACAUAGUCUUAGUUUCUGUCUGUAGAAUCAUGAUGAUGACUGACUUUCACCUUUGCCAGUAGUCUUCACUUUCAAGAUUUUGCUUGUAAUGGUUGGGUGCUAUGUGUUUGGGUUUUGUUUCCCAUAUGUUGUUUUGUUCCAGUAAGCAUGACAUAUUAGAAAAAAAAGA